AUGUACAGAAUAGACGUUUCAGAUUUUUAUGACUUCCAAGCGUUCAGAAAUAUGUGUCCAUUUCGAGACUAUAACAAAGCAGUCGAGAAUUUGAAACGUUUAGUCAUUUAUGUCGACUCUGCCCCAGAAUGUUAUGUCAUGAAAGAAUGGGAUGUUGUCUUUAACAAACCUAAAGCGACAAUAGUUUCAGAACAAGAAUGUAAACAGAAACUUAAGAAAAUAAAAGUCGUACAAGUUGGUAUGAAGAUGUUAGAUGCUUGGGAUAUCUUAUUGUCAAAACUUGAAGAUUUUUCAGUUCGUGGUAUAAAGUUCUAUACACCAUCUCCAAACUUCUAUUCUAUCUUCACUGGAUAUAAAUACGAACAAGUAGAAUGGAAAGAAAAUGUUAUAGAAGCUUGGUUAGACCAUGUCAAAGAAAUUAUAUGCAAUGGAAACGAAAGAGUCUAUGAGUAUAUCUUAUGUUGGUUUGCAAACAUCUUACAACAUCCAAGUGCUAAAAAUGAAACUGCUCUCAUCAUAAUUGGAAAACAAGGAACAGGUAAGAACACUUUCUU